AUGGCCGACCAAGACAAUACCCUUCGAGUGUUGAUUGCCGGCGCUGGUAUUGCAGGGCUAGCAACAGCAAUCUCGUUACGGCGCAUCUCUGGCCUGUCUAACGUGGACGUCCAGAUUUAUGAGCAGGCCCCGGAGCUUCUAGAAAUUGGAGCCAGUAUUGCCCUCAGUCCGAAUGGCAUGCGAACCUUGGAGAAGCUCGGCGUGAAUAGUGCUCUGACAGAUGAGGUGGGAUUUAGGGGACCCAGUGGUAUUCCACAGAUCUUCCGUCACUGGAAGACAGAUCAAGUCAUCUCCGUUGAUACACACACUGAUGUUCCCGAUCCCCGUCAUCAUACCACCCGCUUUCACCGCGGCCAUUUACAUGCUGCUCUCCUAGAGCAUGUUCCACGAAAUAUUAUCCACUUAAAUAAAAGAGUUAAACGGGCAGAAGCUACUCAUGACGGUGUAUCUUUGCACUUCGAAGAUGGGAGUAGUGCCCACGGUCAUGUAUUGAUCGGAGCAGAUGGGAUUCGAUCGCCCGUGAGACAAUCUUUCAUUCCGGACUAUAAGCUUCGAUUCAGCGGGAAGGUGUUUAUGAGAGCAACAUUCGAUGCAUCUCUAGUAGAGGGCAAGAUCCCUGACCUUCCUCUUGACUCAAUGCAUUGGUGGGGGCCGCGAGACAAUUUUUUUGCCUCUCGACUUGGCAAGGGCCAAUAUACCACCGUGGGUGCCUAUGAUGAUCCACGCACCGCAGAAGAGAUUGAGCGGAGCAUUUCUUGGAACUCAAAAGGCAAUGUGGAAUUUCUGCGAGAGAGAUACAAGAACUGGAACCCAACCGUCUGGGCCCUCACCCAGCAUACUCCUUCGACCAAUCUAUAUCCCAAUUUUGCAGGAGAUGCUCUUCCGACUUGGGUCUUUGGCUCUCGUGUUACUCUUAUAGGUGACGCAGCACAUGCCCAUGGUGGUGCGUUCGCUGCCGGUGGCUCGUUGGCGCUGGACGACGCUCUUGCCCUUGGCCUUGCUUUUAAGCAUGUGAUCAACUCAUCAACAGGACUGGAGUACUCACUUGAGAAGAUCAGAAGGGCGUUAGCCCUGUAUAGUAAGACGAGACAGCCGCACACGGCACGUCUAUUGCGUAUCGUGCAUAACCAGAUUGAACAGCGGACGUCAACAGCUACGUCGUUUGAAGAAGAGGAUGCGGCACUUGUUGCUAGAAUGAAGAAACGCCCUAACACGGAGUGGCUAUCAGAGCACGACGUCGAGGCUGCGUUCAAGGCUGCACUUAACGAAUCCGAGACUGAAGAGCAUCUUGAGCAGACUUUGAGCUUGGGAGAUGGGAGCAAGGCAGAAGCCCCUUUUGAGGAAACUCUCCAGCUCCGCCGGAGCAAGAUUUGA